CACACUUCACACAUCCUAACAAGAGUCAUUACACAGGGAACCGGAGAGUUUAGACAGAGCUCCAGAGAAGACUUCAAACAGGGGGAAGAGGGCCUUUGGAGAGACUUGCUGGAGCACACACGACACAACUCAGUCAUUAAAAGAAAUUGUGGGAUUCUGACAUACUAAGUGAAAUUAAGGAUACGACUUCAUUUAUAUGACCAUUUAUCUUGGGAUAGCAAAAUAACUUUCAAAAAGCUUAGGACUCAGUGCAAAAGAUCAACAGUUACUGCGUUCAUUGAUUUAAGAACAUUUAAAAAAUGUCAUGUUUUAUGUCACUCUGCCUGUGCAUUUGGGUAUCACUCAUGAUGCCUGGCAGCACAAGUACACUGAAUGAGAACAUCAACGUGCUGGUCCUGUUGCCUCUCAAUAACACAUACCUGUUUUCAUACCCAAGAGUUUUUCCAGCUAUUGAUUACGCGAGAAAAACCCUUGGCAUAAAAGAGCCGUUUGCGGGACUGACAUUCACUGUGCACUAUGAGAACUCGGCGUGCGGGAUGGAUGCUCUGUACGCGCUGGUGGACAUGCAGAGAGACGAGCGUCCCGACCUGGUCCUCGGUCCGGUGUGCGAGUACGCGGCCGCGUCGGUGGCGAGAGUGGCGUCGCACUGGAACAUCCCAUUAAUCUCAGCAGGUGCUUUGGCCACCGGCUUCAGCAAUAAAAACAGCGAGUACUCGCAUCUCACGCGGAUAGCUCCAACUUACCUGAAAAUGGCGGAGACGUUCCAGGCGAUGUUCGUUCAUUUCGGCUGGAGAACGGCACAUUUGAUUUACGAUGAUGAUAAAGAUGAGAGAAACUGUUACUUUACCUCGGAGGGGGUUUAUACCGUCCUAGAAGAGAACCACAUCGCUACAGAUGUCUUUGUGUUCAACUCUCACGAAGAGAGGGUAGACGCCGACGAGAUCGUACAGUCUGUCUAUGGGCGUGAAGUGGUCAUAAUUUGCGCUAAGGAGGACACAGUACGAGAGAUCAUGCUGGCUGCUCAUCGACGCAAAUUAACCAGCGACAGCCACAUCUUCUUCAACAUCGAGCUCUUCAACUCAUCUUCUUAUGGGGAUGGGUCCUGGAAGAGAGGAGACAAAUAUGACAAUGAGGCCAAGGCUGCCUACAGCUUUCUCAACACUGUAACAUUACUAAGGUCCACCAAGUCAGAGUUUGAGGAGUUCUCGAUGGAAAUGAAAAAUUCACUACAGCAAUCGGACAUCCCUGUAUGCGAAGACUGCAGUGCUAUCAACAUGUUUAUGGAGGGGUUCCAUGAUGCUUUGCUUCUCUAUGCAAUUGCCUUGCGUGAGGUGGUGAGAACCGGUCUCACGAAAAAGGAUGGAAUUGAUAUCACGCACAACAUGUGGAACAGGACAUUUGAAGGCAUUGCUGGCCAGGUGUCUUUGGAUGCCAAUGGUGACCGGAAUGGGGAUUUCUCAGUCAUUAGGAUGACAAACCCAGAGGCAGGCACCCAUGAGACUGUCAUGAACUACUUUGGGACUAACAGAAGUUUCCAGAUCAUGCCUGGCUUUAAGAGGGAAUGGUUCUCUUUGCGAACAGUACCUCUACCCCCAAAACCAUCUGACACAUCAUCAGGUGGACUAGGUGUAUCGGCUUUGACUGGGAUAAUAGUAGGGGGAAUUCUAGGAACAGCUCUCCUCAUGGCAUUCUACUUCUUUAGGAAGAAUUACAGGAUAACUAUUGAGCGGAGAACACACGGAGAAGAGUGUGACAUUGGGAAUCACCGUCAGUUGAGAGAAGACUCUAUCAGAUCAAACUUCUCAGCAGCGUAGUCUGUUUUCAUAUGACAGCUAAUGAGGGGUUCGAAUUAGGGGAAGGUGCAUCUCAAACGAGUCUAUUGGCUCAUCAAACACCAUUCCAGGAGCCCGGAAAUAUUUAUAGACAUGCUGUAGUGUUUUUUCCUUUGUAAAUGUCUCUUGCUUCUCAAUUUGUAAACUCAGGAAAGUUUAAUUAUUGGAGGAGAAGUGCUUGCAAGACUCCUCGACUCAAGAAAUAGGUCUGGUUAAUUAACCUACAGACUUUAUGUUUUUCGCCAGACUUAUCUUGAGGAAGUUUUGUCCUGUCAGUUCCGUAGAAAAGAGUCAGCUGUAUUGAGUGCAGUCAGCUGCUGGAUUGAUGUGAGCAGUGGUAAUGAGAUAUUGAGGACUAUAAAAGUGGUAAUCACUACAUAAGCUUACAGAAUGCACAAAUUCCCCAGUGAACAAGGUGGUUUUUUUCUUCUUAUAGAGAAUGUCCAUUAGAACACACUGGGAGAAUCAAUUCUUUCUUCUUCUGGGUUUUGUGUAGACUUCAACAGAAGGCACUAUUGAAUACAAAACCGAUAUAAACUUCUAAAUGAUGUUCCUUUCUGUCAACUGUAUCUCAGCAAGCCUUGAUGUAUCAAAUUUGGCAGCGUGCUGAAACACUGAACUGUUACAUAAUUUUUAUUUAUUCUCACACAUUUUGAUUUCAAUUAUAGUUAUAUAAUAUAAUUUCAACACUCAUUAAUAUCUUGGUUUAUACUGCCAGAUUUGGUAUCAUACAUGCUGCUGGGUGCUUCAUAACCAAAUGUUGUCUGACUGGUGAUUAUGGUUAGGGCUUCAAGAUUCUAAACAGUUUAUUACUGCUUUAGAGAUAAUUAAAAUAACAAAGACAAAACUGACUGUUUUAAACCCAAACUAAACUGUGCCCACCCAUAUCUGAUUUUUUUAGCUUUAUUGAAUUAUUGAUGACACAUUUCAGAUAUUUUUAGCUGCUAUCUUGCAGUUAUAGCAGCAAAAUAAGGCAAUCCAUUCUAUGAUCAUAAUGCAGAUCAAAGUUUCAUUGAAGGCCUCCUCUUACAGUUACCUUUGUGUUACAGUAAUUUUGUACAGCCAGCUCUUUAUUGUUAGACAUUUCUUAAAUGCUGUAUAGAGGAUGACUGAAAUCAAUGAGAUUCUAAAGCAUUGAAAUGCACUUUGUUGUCAUCCGUAAGAGGAACUGCAGAGACAAACAUGUUAUUUGCUUUUAAGGUUUAAAAUAUGUAAAAAGCUUAAAAAGGACGUAGGCAGGAAGUUAUAUAAUAGAUAUACAGUAUAGUUAUGCCACAUAAUUAUAUAUACAACAAAAGCCGGUCUACCUUCCAGUAAAAAGAUUUUGAAAAGUUUAUGUUCAUUCGCAGAAUUUAUAUUGCACAUGUAUAUUUUUUAACUUUAUGUCUUUAGAUUGUUUUUUUCAGGACGUGGUUAUCAAACAUCUGUCAAUUUAAUAUCAUAUAAAAUAUAUUUGUAGCAUUUGUGAUGAUUCAGUUUAAGACAUGUAAAUGUGAGAUGUCUCGUUAAAAUAAUUUUUAUGGUUUGCGAGUAAAAUAAUCUAGGUUUUAUUCAAGGUUGGUAUGAUGGCAAUUGUAUACUGAUGUAAGUAAAUAUAUCAGCAUAAGAUGUGAUGUUAUUUAUUUAUAUUUUUGUAGAGGUUUAAUUUUUCUUAGAGUUGAUUUUAACCUCGUUUCUUGUGUGAAAAAUACAGAUUCUUUUUUUUUUAAGAAAACAAUAAUCUGCCUUGUCAGAUAAGUAUAUUUACAAGGCUUUGUAAACACUCAGAAGAAUUGUAACUUAUUUAGAUGGAUAUAUA